AUGGCGUUAUAUAAUUUCAAGAGGAUCCAGCCGAUUCCCGCGGUCAAUGAUUUUUUGGACAUUGUACUUUCAAAGACCCAGCGGAAAACGCCAACGGUAAUUCAUAAACAAUACAAGAUUGGACGAAUAAGGCAAUUUUACAUGCGCAAGGUUAAAUUCACGCAAGACAGCUUUGAGGAAAAAUUGAAAGCCAUGCUUGACGAAUUUCCAAAACUUGAAGACAUUCAUCCAUUCUACUCGGAUUUAAUGAACGUAUUAUAUGAUAAAGAUCACUACAAGUUGGCGUUGGGUCAGAUAAAUACUGCGCGUCAUCUAAUAGAACAAGUUUCCAAGGAAUAUGUCCGCUUAUUAAAAUUCGGUGAUUCACUGUACCGAUGCAAGACCCUGAAAAGAGCCGCACUUGGAAGAAUGGCUACCAUAAUGAAACGUCAAAAAGAUAGUUUGUUGUAUUUAGAACAAGUUCGACAACAUUUGGCUCGAUUGCCUUCCAUAGACCCAAAUACUCGUACCCUACUGGUUUGCGGUUAUCCUAAUGUUGGCAAGUCGAGUUUCAUGAAUAAGAUCACCAGAGCUGAUGUCGAUGUGCAACCCUAUGCUUUUACCACAAAAUCUCUAUUCGUUGGACACAUGGAUUACAAAUACCUGAGAUGGCAGGUUAUUGAUACUCCUGGUAUAUUAGAUCACCCACUCGAGCAAAUGAAUACCAUUGAGAUGCAAUCUGUUACGGCUCUGGCCCACCUUCGCGCUUGCAUCAUGUUUUUCAUGGACCUUUCGGAACAUUGUGGAUAUAGCGUCGCCGAUCAGAUAAAACUUUAUCAUAACAUAAAACCACUUUUUGUCAAUAAACCGACGUUCAUCGUGAUCAACAAGAUUGACGUAAUGCGACUAGAAGAUUUACCAGAGGAAGAACAGGCAAUGUUAAAAGAUAUUGUUGAAAAGGACGGAGUACAAAUAGCUCAGUUGAGUUGUUUCACCGACGAAGGUGUGAUGGACGUUCGGAAUAUGGCUUGUGAUAAACUGUUAUCAACUCGGGUCGACUUCAAACUUCGAGGUUCCAAAAUAAAUGAUGUCAUUAACAAAAUUCAUCUCGCCGAACCAGUAGCACGUGACGACAUUCCUCGUCCGCCCGUUAUUCCAGAAGCAGUGAAAGGUCGGCCAUUAUAUGACAUGAAAGAUCCGAAGAGACGUAAACUGGAAAGAGACUUGGAGGCUGAGGGUGGUGGUCCUGGUGUUUAUAAUGUCGACCUCAAAAAGAAAUAUAUGCUCAAAAACCCGGAUUGGAAAUAUGAUGUCAUUCCUGAAAUCAUGGAUGGCAAGAAUGUUGCCGACUUUGUUGAUCCAGAUAUUGAGGAGAAGUUAGAUGCUCUUGAACGAGAGGAAGAGCGUUUGAUGGGCGAAGGCUAUUAUGAUACUGAGGAAGAAAUGGUGGAUUCCGAAGAAGAAAGAAUAAAAAAAGUCGCUGAGACUAUUAAAGAAAAAAAGAAACUAAUAUCUAUUGAUGAAAUGGAAGAGAAAUUAGGACAACUAGGCCUUGAUGUAAGUUCAGUUCGUGCACGUAGCCAAACUAGAAAGCGGAAACGUACAGAGUCCGUAGGUGAUGAAAUCAUUCGAAGUUCUUCGAGUGUUCCAAGAGCAAUUGAAACACAUGAUCGUAGCAUCUCUGGAAUGCGCGAUAUCAAGCAAAAGAACGAAAGUGAAAAACAAAAGAAGAUAGCACAACGAAAACCCAACCUGUUUGCAAAGGCUAGUGAAUCAGAUAGAAAGAUUCAAUCAAAGAAACCAAAACACCUAUAUAGUUCUAAAAGCAGUAUCGGAAAAAGGGAUUGGCGUUAA